GAUUUACGAAAAACGGCAGAGCAGAAAGUUCUUGAGUUCGCUAAGCUGUUAGUGCAACGUGGCGUGUACCUCUUUCGACACCGAAGCUACCUGCUGUGGGUCUUUGUGUUUACUAUUCGCGUGUAAGCUGCGCAGGUUUCCACUUAAAGGAUGAGUUUCCUUGUCAAUACCGAGGAGGCUGUAAAGGCACUCCUGUCUUUUGUAGCGGCUGACGAAGUGACCACCACGGCGACCGAUGACGUUAACGAGCUUUUUGCCCCGGUCCGUGAAAACAAAUGUGUGUCGGUCGAUGUGCAGCUCGCGUUUCUCGUCGCCCCUGUGGCGCACCGCGUUCCUUUGUACUUCACGGUCCCUCACGAAACUGUUAGCGGCACCCUGUGCCUCAUCACGCCCGCCCCACAGCGCCUAUACAAGGAUAAGGUGUUCGCCCUCAGCGAGGACGGCGACGCAGUUGCGAAGCGGGUGCGCCGCGUGAUCGACGGCCAGAAGCUCUCCGCGAAGGUGGUGGGUCCUGUUGCUGUACGCGCGUUCGCAAGGAGCUACGACCACUUCAUCGUCUACGGGCUCCACAACUACCCGCAUCAGCUUACAGGCGAGUUCCUCGAACACCGCCGGAUUCCCGUCUGGGUCAGCAAGAAGGGGAACUUCAUGAGGCGGUUGCACCAGGCGGUGCGCACUGUGGUGGUGCCGCGACGCGGCGACAACGCGGUUACAUGCCGUGUAGGUCACACCGGCCUCAGUCUUCAGGAAAUUGUGGAGAACAUCGUCGCUUUUGUAGAGAAGUUCGUCAACUCUCCGGAUGGGGCACCGCUGCGGAAUAUUCUGCACAUCCGUGUGUGCUGCACUGGCUCGCACAGCAAACAGGUCGGACUGCCGAUUUACGGGCACACCUUUGAAUUUGCCAGUGCCGCCAAGUCGACGGAAGCUCCUGCCAAGCGCCCCAAGGUGGAGGUCUAA